AUGACACAGCCUGGAUCUGCUAACCGGAAACCUACUGUCUUCUUUCUCUUUCUCGCCGGAGUGCUCAUCGCAUUUCUGUUUCUUUCAGUUAUCUUCACUUUCUCUUCUUCCAAUUCACUCCCCGCUCUUUCCCGUUUGCGGUCCACUGAUGCAUGCAACUGUAAUGGCAACAACCCUCCACGAUUCAACCUCGGAUUUGAUCCACCUGUUUUAACCUUCUACGAUGAUCCAUCUUUCGGGUACACCUUUGCCAAGCCCAUCAAGAACUGGGACAAAAAGAGACGAGAAUGGCUGAUGCUGCAUCCUUCUUUUGCUUCUGGAUCCGAAGACCGGAUUUUUCUGGUGACUGGAUCACAAUCAUUGCCAUGCCAGAACCCUAAAGGUGAUCAUUUUCUCCUGAGGUUUUACAGGAACAAAGUAGAUUACUCUAGGAUUCAUGGCUAUGAUAUCUUCUACAACAAUGUGUUACUCGACCCUAAAAUGGUGGGGUGUUGGGCAAAACUAUCAGCAGUUAGGGCAGCUAUGUUGGCACACCCUGAGGCUGAGUGGACCUGGUGGAUUGACGAGGAUGCUGUGUUUACUGACAUGGAUUUUAAGGUCCCAUUAGAACGUUAUAAAGAUCAGAAUUUUGUCGUCCAUGGCUGGCCUAGGGAGGUCUACGAGGAGAAAAACUGGCUAGGUUUGAAUGCUGGCUCGUUCCUCAUCAGGAAUUGCCAAUGGUCAUUGGAUUUCUUGGACGCAUGGGCUGAUAUGGGGCCGCAAUCGAAGAACCACGAGAAAUGGAGGAAAAUCUUGUUGACAACGUUUAAGCAUGGAGCUGACGAUCAAACUGCACUUGCAUAUUUGCUAGUGAAAGAAAGAGAGGAUCAAUUACGUAGCAAAGUGCAUAUAGAAAUUGGGUAUUAUCUUGAAGGAUAUUGGCUGGUUAUUAAGGAUACACUCAAGAACAUCACAGAUAAAUACGUGGACAUCGAGAAGGGAGACAAGAAGUUGAGAAGGCGGCAUGCUGAAUUGGUGAGCGAGAAGUAUGCCAAAGUCUGGGAACCACAUCUGAAAGAUGCCGGUUAUGGGUACGGAAGCUGGAGGAGGCCGUUUGUGACUCAUUUUGCUGGUUGUCAGCCGUGUAACGGCAAGAUCAACCCAUCGUUCUCGAGGGAAAGUUGUUGGGAGGCCAUGGACAAGGUUUUGAAUUACGCUGAUAAUCAGGUUCUCCGUAAUUACGGGUUUACGCACCCGGAUUUAUCGGAUCCGUCCGUGGUAUCUCCUUUAUGA